UACUACUACUACUACGUCAACUGAAGUCAAGUGUCUUGUUACCAAGCGGAACCCGUCUUGAUAAUUACAUUGAAUUAGAUAAGUUUCCUUUCACCAAUUCGCAAAUUGAACCACUGAAAGUGACAUGAGCUGCAUUUUCGCCGCGAAAUCGUAAAAGAUCGAAGAUGACACUGCUCUUUUUCGGCGUGAAGUCCCUUAACUUGGGCCGCCAGCGCUUACUGGUACGCCUGUCGAGCACACUGCAAGCAAAGAGGCCCAGACUUCAGCAGCAGCAAGUUGACAAGUGUUGUGGCCCACGUUUAAUCACCCAGAACUUUCGCAUGUUCAGUGAUGAAGUUGCAGCAGGCAGAGCAGCAACCUCGGAAAGCAAGUUCAAGCCCACCAUUUUUGACAAGAUUAUUGACCGCUCCAUUCCAGCAGAUAUUGUGUACGAAGAUGAAAAGUGCCUAGCCUUCCGUGAUGUUGCACCCCAGGCUCCCGUCCAUAUUCUUGUGAUCCCUAAGAAACGUAUUCCGAUGCUUAGUGAAGCUGUGGAUGAUGAAGCCCAGCUUUUGGGACAUUUGCUGAUUGCUGUUAAGAAGGUUGCAGCUCAAGAGAAACUUGACAGUGGAUUCAGAGUUGUCAUAAACAAUGGGAAAGACGGUGCUCAGUCAGUUUACCAUCUCCAUCUCCAUAUUCUUGGAGGCCGUCAAAUGUCUUGGCCACCGGGUUAAGCGACAUAUAUAUGUAUUUUUUCUAACAUGGUUACCUUUAAAUGUAGAAACUAUGGGGCUGUAGUUCCUCUGAGCUCAAUGAGUGACAAUGAAUAAACCUAAUUUGAG